AUGUCGUCUGCGAAAGCUUUGGCGGAGGAAGGUGAAGUAGGCCAGAUUUUCACCACUGUGGAUUCUGGUAGUUGUCGGUUUCUCUGUUACACAUCAUGUAUUAGGGAUUGCUGGAGUAUUCAUGUUUCUGAUGGCAUAGAUGUAUGGAGAUCUGUUUUAGAUCAAGCAAAUCUUGACUCACAUAGAGAGCUUGCAGACGUGAAUAGCUGUGAGGCCUACUUUUUGCGAUUCAAAAAGGCGUUUACUCUUGGCGACCUGCUGGUGACAAAGCAGCCACGUAAAAUUUGUCUCGAGGUCGGCACUGGAGCGACAUCCCUCAAAUUUGACCUUUACGAGGCAACAGCCAGUGAGAGAAAAUCCGACCUGCAGAGCGCCCUCUUUUGGCUGGCAGACACAUCGGCGGAGACGACCAAGAAAUUAGAAAAAUGCGAGGAAGAAUUGAACACAAUGAAGAAGACAAGAGGGGGCGCUGGAGGUGGACCCAUCUUACCAGACAUUGAUAACAAGAAGAGGUCAGGUCAGGUUAAAGUUCAGAAACAGCAAGGUCAUAGCAUAGUCAACCCCAGCAGCAAACGGCGAAAGGCUGCCCAAGGUGUCCAGUUUGACUGAGGAUGAGAUUCACACCACAUUUAUAAACAAGAUGAAAACCCUGUACGAGAAGAUUAUGGUUGAGAUUUGCGAGUGAGUUGGCUGGUUUGGUUCUCAACUUCAUAACGACUUAGAAUAAAGCACACAAGAUGUAAAAAGGAGUAGGUCCCACAAUUCAAGCGUAGUCCCACAUACAUUUCAGGAAAAUUAAAGCACCACUGAGUGACGGUUAUGCGCGCUAUAUAAGAAGCCACUACUAUUAUUAAGAAGAUUAGGCCCAAGAUGUUGAGAGUUGGUCGACACCUUACCCAUGUAGUUCCCAACUCCCACGAUGACUUAGAAAACAAACAGGAAAAAAACUAAUACAUUGUAGAGUAACAAAAGAUUAUGCAGUAUCUGAAGUGAGUUGGCCGUUUUCAUUUGCAACUCCAUGCUCCUGACUUGGCCAAUUUGGAUACAAAAAAUGCCACAAUAAUACAGUAGUCAGAAACUUGGAAACUAAAGUGCCUUUGGGAA